AUGGAUCCCGAUGUUUUGGUUUUGGUCGAGGCCCUUCGGGGCACGAUGGACCCCAACCUGCGAGAGGCGGCGGAGAUACAACUUAGCGAGGGCCACACCCGGCAGCAUUUUUUAUCCACUCUGCUGCGCAUUACCAUGACUGAACAGCUGGAUUUGCCAGUCAGGCAAGCAGGUGUCAUCUAUCUUAAGAACAUGAUAACCCAGCACUGGGCUGGUGGAGAUGAUUCUUCCACAGAAACGCCUGUCAAUAAAAUCCCCUUUGAAGACCGACAGUUUAUUCGAGACAGCAUCGUGGAGGCUAUCAUCCACUCACCUGAGCGGAUCAGAGUCCAGUUGACAACAUGCAUCCACCACAUGAUCAAGCACGACUACCCCGCCAAGUGGACGACCAUCGUGGAUAAGAUCGGCUUCUACCUUCAGUCUGACAACCCCACAGGAUGGCUUGGCAUCUUGCUCUGCCUUUACCAGCUGGUGAAAAACUACGAAUAUAAGAAGCCUGAGGAGCGUCAGCCUCUGGUGGCUGCAAUGCACAUCUUCAUGCCUAUGUUGAAAGACCGUUUCAUCCAGCUUCUCCCGGACAACUCCUCCCAAUCUGUACUCAUACAGAAACAGAUCUUCAAAAUCCUCUAUGCUCUUUUCCAGUAUAACCUACCCCUGGAACUCAUCAACAAACAGAUCCUAACUGAAUGGAUGGAGAUUCUCAAGACAGUUGUGGAUAGAGACGUACCAAACGAAACAAUGCAGGUUGAUGACGAUGAGGACCCUCCUGAGCUUCCUUGGUGGAAGUGUAAGAAAUGGGCUCUUCACAUUCUAGCUCGACUAUUUGAGAGAUACGGAAGCCCAGGCAACACAACCAAAGAGUACACAGAGUUUGCUGAACUUUUCCUCAAGGAAUAUGCCGUGGCAGCACAGCAGGUGCUGUUGAAAGUCUUACAUCAGUACAAGGAAAAGGAAUAUGUGGCUCCAAGAGUACUCCAACAGACACUCAACUACAUCAACCAGGGGAUAGCUCAUGCUCUCACAUGGAAAAACCUUAAACCACACAUUCAGGGCAUCAUUCAGGAUGUGGUUUUCCCCCUCAUGUGCUACACAGACGCCGAUGAGGAGCGUUGGAAAGAGGACCCCUAUGAGUACAUUCGCAUGAAAUUUGAUGUAUUCGAGGACUUUAUUUCUCCUACAACAGCUGCCCAGACGCUCCUCUUUACUGCCUGCAAUAAACGAAAGGAGGUGCUGCAAAGGACAAUGGGCUUCUGCCACCAGAUUCUCACUAAUGAAGCCAAUGAUCCCAGGAAAAAAGAUGGUGCCCUACACAUGAUAGGCUCUCUGGCGGAGAUCCUGCUCAAGAAAAAGGUUUAUAAGGACCAGAUGGAGUUCAUGCUGUACACUCACGUCUUCCCCCUGUUCAGCAGUGUACUGGGCUACAUGAGAGCCAGAGCCUGCUGGGUGAUUCAGUAUUUCUGUGAAGUGAGAUUCAAAAGUGAGAAGAACCUGCAAACAGCUUUGGAUAUGACCCGCCUCUGUCUAAUCAAUGAUAAUGAGAUGCCAGUGAAGGUUGAGGCUGCCAUUGCCCUGCAAGUUCUCAUCAGCAACCAGGACAAAGCCAAAGAACACAUCACCCCAUACAUUAGGCCAGUAAUGCAGGCAUUGCUGCAUAUUGUCAGGGAGACGGAAAACGAUGAUCUCACCAACGUCAUACAGAAGAUGAUCUGUGAAUACAGUGAGGAGGUCACACCUAUUGCAGUAGAGAUGACUCAGCACCUGGCUAUGACAUUCAAUCAGGUCAUUCAGACUGGGCCUGACGAGGAAGGUGGAGAUGACAAGGCUGUGACGGCUAUGGGCAUCCUCAACACCAUUGACACCUUGUUGAGUGUGGUGGAGGACCACAAAGAGAUCACAGAGCAGUUGGAGGGCAUCUGUCUGCAGGUGAUUGCGACCGUGCUGCAACAGCACGUAAUGGAGUUUUACGAGGAGAUUCUGUCAUUGGCACACAGCCUCACUUGCCAGCAGGUGUCACUUCAAAUGUGGCAGCUCCUUCCACUGGUUUAUGAAGUCUUCCAACAGGAUGGAUUUGACUACUUCACAGACAUGAUGCCUCUGCUGCACAACUAUGUAACAGUUGAUACGAACACCCUCCUCUCAGACACCAAAUACCUGGAAAUCAUGUACGACAUGUGCAAGAAGAUUCUAACAGGUGAUCCAGGUGAAGAUCCCGAGUGCCAUGCAGCCAAACUUCUGGAAGUAAUCAUUCUGCAGUGCAAAGGUCGAGGCAUUGACCAGGUGGUUCCCCUUUUUGUGGCUGCAGCGCUGGAGCGUUUGACCCGGGAGGUGAAGACCAGUGAGCUGAGGACUAUGUGCUUGCAGGUGGCCAUUGCUGCACUUUAUUACAGUCCCCCUCUGCUCCUCAACACUUUGGAGAAUCUGCGUUUCCCCAAUAACAGCAAGCCAAUCACAUACGACUUCCUCACCCAGUGGCUAAGAGAUGUCGACUGCUUCCUCGGCCUCCACGACAGAAAGAUGUGCAUCCUGGGCCUCUGUGCUCUCAUUGACCUGGAACACAGACCCCAAAUUAUCACAGAGUUUGGUGGUCAACUUCUUCCAGCAGCCAUUUUGCUCUUCAGUGGCCUCAAGAGGGCAUACGCCUGCCGAGCGGAGCACGAGAAUGACGAUGACGACGACGACGAGGAUGGGGAGGAUGACGAUGAUAACGCUGAAUUGGGUAGUGACGAGGACGAUAUUGACGAGGAAGGUCAGGAGUAUUUGGAGAUGUUGGCCAAGCAGGCAGGAGAGGACGGAGAUGACGAAGACUGGGAGGAAGACGACGCCGAGGAGACGGCGCUCGAGGGCUACACUACAGCCGUAGAUGACGAAGACAACUUGGUUGAUGAAUAUCAGAUCUUUAAAGCCAUACUACAGAGUAUCCAGACACGUGACCCGGCGUGGUAUCAGACGCUUACUCAAGUACUCAACGAAGACCAAGGCAAACAGCUUAUCGACAUUGGCACGUUGGCAGACCAGAGACGGGCAGCACAUGAAUCCAGGAUGAUCGAAAAGCACGGCGGAUACAGAUUUACAGCCCCAGUGGUGCCACCUAGUUUUGACUUUGGCGGCACCGCUCCCGGAAUGAAUUGA